CUUACAUCAUCUAAAUGUGACCAGUAGAUGUUACAGAUAGUUGCUAUGACCUACUGAUAACUGCAUUUUUUGUUCUGUGUGCUAGUGAAAAAUGCUUUUCAAAACAAAUGCUUUGAGUCCUCAGGUGGCAGCCAUGGCGGGUCAAGAGGAUCCGGUGCAGCGGGAGAUUCACCAGGACGGGGCAAACCGGGAAUACACUGAGGUCAUCACCAGCAGCAUCAAGAAAAUCGCGGACUUUCUCAACUCGAUCGAUAUGUCUUGUCGUUCAAGACUUGCAACACUAAACAAGAAACUGACAGCCCUCGAACGGAGAAUAGAAUACAUUGAAGCGCGGGUGACAAAAGGUGAGACCCUCACCUAGAAGUCCGCCAUGCUGCUGCUGGGAAGUUGCUUUACGGAACACAGGCCAACGAGGGAAAGGCCCCAGCAGCCUCAGCUCCUUCCUCUCUCCUUAAAGAGCAACAGGGCUUAUUCUUGUUUUUCUUUUUUCAAAAGCGUGGCCUUUGGGCUCUGCCGUGUACAUCGGUGUGUGAUGUGGCAUGUGGGAAGGCGUCUAGGGGAGCUCUUGGAACCAACAAUAGGCAUUUUACCUUUUAAGUAACAUUUUGUAGAACUGUUUAUCAGUGUAUUUGAGGCACUCAGAGCCAAAUGCCUGGGACUCUUUGUUAAGGUCCUUCCCACCUCUCUUUCUCUCUCUCAGACUUUCCUUACAGCUCUCAUUGCCUCUGCAUUGAUUCUAUAAACAGUCUUUGUCUCCUUUCCACCUUUGGUGGGGUGGUGGGAGGCAGUCCUGGCUGAGACACGCCCUGGCAAGGUGGCCACCAGAGAAUGUUGCUAACCCACCAGUUUCUUGUCCUUUUGGGGAGGUCAAGGCCAGGCCCCCACUUGGCUUGAAGGGACAUUUUCCAAAUUUUCUUUCUGUCACUUGAGGUAUCUUUCCCUCUCAUAUUUCCCUAAUAA